UGGCGUCCACAAUUGCGGUCUUCUCCCUUGAUCCAUCCACCACACCACCCACAGUAUCAAUCACCCCUCUUUUUCAUAACUUACCCAAAGCGCGCCAGACUUAUCGCAUCGGUGGCGUAAUGUCAAUUUUGGGUCGGGCGCAAGACUCCAUGUUUGUGCUCGCGACGCCGAAGGUAGGCAGUGGACCAUGCACAUCUGGUCCAGCAAAUGGGUAAAGUGUCGUUAUUGUGCAUGGCCUGGUUUAUUAAUCACACCGUGUGCGUUGAGGUUCUGUUUUCUAUAAGUCCUUUCAUGUACUUUGUAUCGUCGACGUGAUUCACUACAAGAAACAGUCUUCUCGGACGGCUGAUGAAUAAAAUGUCCACAUCCAGUCUGCAGAAAAAGGCUUCCGAAUCACAGGUUCCGAUUGAGACGCGUGACUCCUCAAACACGAGCAGCCCGGCACGAACGCUGAACGAGAAGGACAAUCAAGAGCAGCAACAGAAUUCUUCAGUACUGGACCCGACACCGCUGACCGACGAGAAAACCGACUGGUCACAGCAUACCCUCAAAAACCGGCCAUGGCGGCCACGUGCCACAGAUUUCUCAGCUAUCAUACAAGCAAGAUAUCGCGGUAGUGGUACACCCGAGGAUCCGUACAUCGUUCAGUGGCUUGGACACGACCCGACAAAUCCGAAGAACUGGAGUAUGCGUCGUAAAAUCGCCAUCACCAUGGUGGCAUCCUUGAUGACCUUGUGCGUCUCUCUAGCCUCAUCUGCCUACACCGGUGCCGCCAGAGAAAUCAUUGGGGAGUUCCAUUGCAGCGAGGAAGUCUUCCUCAUCGGCCUCAGUCUCUUCGUUCUAGGGUUUGGGACAGGACCCUUGGUCUGGGCUCCCUUGUCGGAAACCAUGGGUCGCCGAAAGGUGUUGAUCUUCUCAUUCGUCUUCUACACAUUUUGGACCGGUAUCUGCAUUGCAGCGAAGAACAUCCAGACUCUUAUCGUCUUCCGCGCCUUUGCUGGUAUCAUCGGCUCCGCUGCCAUGGUCGUCCCAGGCGGUCAAGUUGCCGACCUGUUCGAAGCCAAACAACGAGGCGUGGCUAUGGCCGCAUUCUCCGCCGCUCCUUUCCUGGGUCCUACCGUGGGACCGAUCGUGGGAGGCUUCCUCGCUGAAGGAGCCGGCUGGCGCUGGUUGUUCGGACUGCUUACCAUCUUCGCUGGAGUGUUGACCGUGGUCGCCAUUCUGGUCAUGCCUGAGACGUACGCGCCGGUGCUGCUGCGCGAACGAGCAAGGCUUCUCAGCAAAGUUACGGGAAAGUUCUACACGACCAAGAUCGACCAAGAGCAACACGUGGAUGUCAAGAUGCGCAUCAAAGCUGCCCUGACCUUACCUUGGGCUCUCUUAUUCCGCGAACCUAUCGUGCUUCUCCUAACGAUCUACAUGGCAGUCGUCUACGGCACAUUAUACCUCUGCUUCGCCGCCUUCCCCAUCAUCUUCCAGGAAGGACGUGGCUGGAGCGCCGGCCUCGGCGGCCUCCCCUUCUUGGGGAUUAUGGUCGGAAUGUUCAUCGGCGUUGCAGUCAUCAUCUUCGACAACAAACGGUACUCUCGCCUCCACGAUGAGACGGGCGGGUUUGUCCCUCCAGAGGUCCGACUCCCUCCCUGCAUCAUCGGUGGUGUCUUCACCAUCGUUGGCCUCGCAUGGCUCGCUGCCUGCACGAGCCCGAGUAUCCCUUGGAUCGUGCCCAUUCUUGCGGGCGUUCCAUUCGGAACAGGAUUCUUGCUCAUCUUCAUGUCCUGCACAAAUUACCUUAUCGAUUCAUACGUCAUCUACGGCGCCUCGGUCAUGGCCGCGAACUCGGUUCUGCGUUCACUCUUCGGCGCCGUCUUCCCGCUUUUUACCACCUAUAUGUACGAGAACAUUGGAGACCACUGGGGCUCCGCUGUGCCGGGAUUUCUGGCGCUCGCGUGCUUCCCUUUCCCCAUAUUCUUCUACAAGUACGGCCCGUCCAUCCGGGCGAAGUGCAAGUAUUCGCUGCAGGCUGCGCGCUUCCUGGAGAGUCUCAGAAGUGAUCUUGAGAGACAGAAGUCGCGCGCCAGCCAAGGAGCGGCACCGGAGGAUGCGGUAUGACCUGAGAAUGGCUUGUCUUGAUAUGUUGCAUAUAGACUUGGGCGAAAACUGGCUACGGACAUUUUGGAGGGAGUUAUUGAGCAAGCGCUUGCAUAUGUUUGAGUCACUAGCAUUUACGGGAAUGCGUUAUAGCCGCAUUACAUCUAGAAGGAAUAUAUAUAUCUCCUGAA